AUGAGGAAUCCUACAGGUAGUCAUCGUGAUGCUCCACUCACUGUCAGCUUUCCAGUUCCGAAGAAGGCAGCAAACAAACUUCGCAGCUUGGCGAUUUCCAAGGAUCGUCGCCUGCUUGAUCUGGGUGUUUUAGCUGUGCAGAUCAAUGAAGGAGAAAGCAUUGUUCUUGGGAUUAAGCUGGGAAGGCGAAAACUGAAGAGAACGGAAGUGGAAUCCAACAAAACUAAGGGAAAUGCUUGUAAAGGAAGAAUAACAAAGAGGCAUUCGUCGUUGCGUAAUUUGGGGACUGUUCACCAUAUGCCGACAUCUUUGUCGCAUGCAGACAAACCGGCAACCGCGCAAAUCACAUCGUUCUCUUCAUCUAAUCACAAGGACGAGAAGAGUGCAAGCAUAAGAGCAGGUAAAUCUAAUGGAGAUGCUCCGGCAAAUGAAUUAUUCAGCAGCAUGAUCUCGGGCACAAGCGACAAAUCUACGAAUGGCUCCAAUUUUCAACUAUCGGAUUACAAAACUCGUAGUGACAAUAGAGUUCUGUCAGUGAAUGGAGUACUAAGUUCCUCCAAAAACAAAGAAUCUCGGCUGGAUAUAUCGCACAGUAAUGUUGGCUUAGCGAGUGGUAGAGGUUUUUCGAGUUCAGAGUCAAACUUACGGAAGUCUAGUAGCGGAACUCGCAGAAAUAGCCGCGAGACACCUCCAAGUCCUGCUGUGAUUUCUGGAAGCAGAUUUUCAGCAGAUCGGCGUUUAUCUUCUCCUAACGGUCAAAGAGCCAACAGUGCAAGUCCUUGGUCAGAAACAAGUAGCACUAGCUCGGAUGAAAAUCUGGAAGAGGAAGUUCGUCAGCUGAUUUACAACUGUUACAUGGAUCAAAGCAAAUACAGUGCUGCAGACAUGUUAAAACAGCUAGCUAAAGCACAUACAGGCACUAAAGAAACCAGCAAGUCUACCAUGGGAAAUACUUCUGUUUCUUCAUCUGAAGUCAAAACUGUAACUGUUACUCCAAAAUCUAGCUCAAAUAGUAGUAUUUUACUAGGGCAACCCAGAAUCUCAUUGAGCAACAAGAGAGCAGCAAUAACUGGAAGUUACCGUGAGCAUGUGAAGAAUAUCCGUUGUUAUUCUCUCACGUCCCUUACUACGAACACAGUAACAGUGAACUCUACUUUGAAUGUGCCAUCCAGUACAAAUUCACAAGCAGAUACAUCCCAGAGUUGCAAAGGGAGUAUCACAACCAAUUCACUGAGUUUUGGAGAAAGAAAUUUACCCACGAAACCUACUACCCACUCUACAUCAUCUAAGGCUUGUACAUCCUCCCAAACACUAAACAUUCUUACAAGCUCUUCUCAAACAACACCAGCCUAUCAUGGAGCACGCAAAGUAUUGUGGUCAGGUGCAAAUGUUUUUCCAGUCAACAGAUCAACUUUAGGAUCUUCCUUAGAAACUCCCUCUAGCGAGACUGCAACUUCACUUUUGCAAGCAUCAAAAAACAAUUCACCAUCCAUUUUUGCACAGAUUAAUGCCGCAACUUCUCAGACAACCACAUCAGUACCCUUUGAGACAAAGAAUUCUGUCUACAUCUCUAACAAAGUUCCUGAAGAGGAACUGGCUAAAGAGAGCAAAGUGUUGCAGAGUGACUUGAAAACAGUCAUAAUGAAAACUCCAGCAUUGGCCCUUGAUUCACAAGAAUCAGUAUCCCUAGCUAAGCCAAUUACCAACAGUCCACAAGCUGCAAAGCCUGUAGCAUCUCCAAUUGUCCCACAGGAUGGUAACAGCGUUCAAACAGUGAGCCAAGGAACCAAAUAUGUGCAAAAUCUGACUCUUGCAAGGUCAGCCUUGCCAGCUGCUAAUGUUGUUAUUGCUGGAACAAACACUCAAACAACUUGGUCCAAUCAGCAAGUUUCUCCAACAUAUUUUUUAGGUGCGCAAACACAGUAUGGUAUCUACCCAGCAAUGUACAACACAGAUGUUAACAACAACCAACUGGCACAGCAGGCAGUUCCAGCUGGAUACCCUUUGAACUAUGUUUAUCCUAUCAGUAUUGUGUACCCUUAUCUGUCAGUAGCACAACCCAGUGGUGCUAAAAAUCCUGAUGGUGAGGAAGUCAAACAGGAGAAAGGAGAUACAGAUGUGGAGAAAUCAGACACAUCUGUUUCAUGUGGAGCUGCAGCAACGCCAAGGAACGAUUCUUCAAUGUCAGUUCAUCAAGGAAACAGUUUAGACACUGUUGGUUUGGUUUCAACCAACAGUAACACAGCUCCUGUGCAGACACAGUUUAUUGACCUGGCAAGCUCCAUGAGAUACUGGCAACAGCUCAAUUUACUGUACAGAAGUAGACUGCAAGCACUAACUCCUGGCAGCCUCUCAAAUGUCGCUGCAGUGCCUUCCAAUCCAGCAAAUAUAACCUCUGCAGCUGUGACAUCAACUUCUGAUUCAAGUUCAGUUGUUUGUGGAACAGCUGUGGGGUCUAGUCCACAGGAAUUUCCAUUUUCUAAGUCAGAACUGUCACAUUCAAACAUUUCCAGAAGUUGUUACUCUGAAAUCUUGAAGAAGGUGAAACCUGAAGAGGGAUCUGAACUAGGACAAAGUGACUUAAAGGAGUUAACCAAUGACAGACCUUCAGUCAUCGUGGCAGCUUCAUGUAAGGACAAUGCUGUUAAGAUGGAAAACAAUCAAAAUGGAACACAGAAUGAAGGCCAAGAGCUUAAAGAACUGAAUGAAACAUUUUCUCCUAAAUUUCUCCCUGGAAAAUUGCAGCACUUUUCCAAUGAAGAUCUGGCAGAAGGAAGUAGUCAUGUUUCAACUCCAACUCUGAGCUUUGUCCAUGACAGUUCCAUAGCAUAUGUGAACAUUGGGAACAGCAAUGGUAAUGGAUACAGCCAUGCAAGCUACAGUGGGAAUCUUGUGGGAACAAGAAGAUCAUGUAAGUUAAAUUAUUUAACUCUCAAGAUCUCAUUAGAAAUUCUCACUUUUAAAUACUGUAAAUGACUUAGAGAAGAUAGUGCUUUACAGCUGAUAUUUUUUGGAGAAUUCUCAAUGCCUGGUUGCUGGAUUGUGUAUUGGAAUUACAAGGAGUUGCUUGUCAACUGCUGCUAGGAGUUUAACCCUUUAACUCCCAAGAUCUUGUUAGUAAUUCUCCUUACUGUCUGCCACAUAGUUCUUGUGAUGUUAGUUUGGGGAAUUUGGUAUUGGAUCAACUAAUAAUCCCCUAAUCAAUAUUAAUUUUUUCUUUAUUCUCAUCACCUGUCUGCUUGAUAUUGUAUUGAUAUUGUAAGGAGAAAUUCUGUCAUGGUCACUCAUGGGAGUUAAAGGGUUAAGACUGAAAUAAAUUCUAUGGUGUUGUUAGAGAGCAACUCAAUUUUUGAGUGUUGUGCAACCAAAACCAAAUUAAUCACAAUGAGAAGUAACCAUCAUAAAGAGCUAAUAAAACAACUAGGUAGUUUUUAACCCUUUACACCCUAACACUAGAAUACAUAAUCUCCACACUACUAUGGAUAUGUAAAUAUCAUAUAAAUCAACUAUGGAUUAACCCUUUAGCCCCUAAGAGUGACUAACAUCUAAUUUCUUUUUACAAUAUCACACCUGAAUCAAACAUGAAAGUCAUGAGAAUAGAAGAGAUGAUCACCAGCUAAAGCAGCUCUUGAUUGUGAACCAAAUUCUCCUUGUCAGCCUCUUUGGAAAUGGAAUAACUAUGGAUUAACCCUUUAGCCCCUAAGAGUGACUAACAUCUAAUUUCUUUUUACAAUAUCACACCUGAAUCAAACAUGAAAGUCAUGAGAAUAGAAGAGAUGAUCACCAGCUAAAGCAGCUCUUGAUUGUGAACUAAAUUCUCCUUGUCAGCCUCUUUGGAAAUGUACAGAGAGUAGUAUGGUGAAUAUGCAUUCUGAUGUUAAGGUGCAAAGGAUUAGUAAAUGAGGAUGAGAGUGAUCAUUGCAGUUCUGAACAUUAACAUCAGUGAAAACAAAGCCUGAAAAAAAAUUGGGCUUGUACAGGAUUUGAACCCAUGACAUUUGCAAUACUAGUGCAUUGCUCUCUGCACUGUUCUCUAUACAUUUCCCAAGGUCCUGAGGAGAAGAAUGAGUUUAACAAUCAAGAGUUUCUUUGGUGAUCAGUUUCUCUAUUCACAAGACCUGAAUGUUUGAUUUAAUGGUGCUACAUGUACAUAAAGAAGAAAGUAUCAGCAUGUGUUUGGCUGGGAAGUGGAGUAAAUUUUUUUAAGACUAAAUUUAGAGCAUGCCAUAGCAAGGUGAGAUUUUUAUUGAAACUGCAAAACUAAAGUCAUAAAUACUUCUGUGUGAUAAAGUAAUUAAAUGAAAACACAGUUUCAAUUUUGUUGGACAUUGAUUUCAUUAGUUUUCUAUGUCCUUCCAGUGGUAAGAUGCGAUACAAAUGACAAUCAGUCAGGUUUACUAACUGUACUCUCUUUUGUUAUUUAAUAAACAGCUUUGGAAGGUCAAGAGGAUUCUAUUAUUCGGCCUGCAAAGAGGAAAAAAGCCAAGAGAUCGUUAUAACAUCUUUGUUUUAAUAUAAAAAAAUAUUUUUCAUACCCUAAAACUGAUUAAAACCUUAUAUGUCCUCACAAAAUCAGUUUUAUAGGUAUAUAGAUUAGGUUGAAUUAUGUUAUGCUUAUAGUAAUACUCUAUAGAAUCUCUGAGCUAAAUUACUCUCUGCAUUUAUACUUGAGGAAUUCUAAUUGUUAAACAGGUAAAUGAGGAAACACUGUUUUUUGUUAUUUACUUGCUGUUUGGUCAGAAUCUGUCGAUGUUGUUUUUUCGGUUGUAAGUGAAUGGUGGUCAAUUGUUUUUGGCAAUUUUUGUAAUUCCUCCUGCUUAAUUAUAAGUUUACUUAUCUAAAAGCCACAUUUUUAUCAUAAUGUAUGUCUUUCUAGCAGAGUAAUAGGUAAGAUGUCAUCAGGAGUACAAGGAAAUUUAACAGGGACAAAGGUUUCACAAUAUUCUCCAAGUGAUUAUUCUUCAGAGUAUCCUAGUUUGAAGAACUCAGGGAGAAGAUUUCUCUGUGAUUGGUAAAACUUUCUAUUCUCUGAAAUAUUUUACUGCUGUAAAAAUCCAAAAUGGUUACAGUACUAUCCAUGCCCAUCAGUAUAGAACUGUCUGUCUUACAGACCCCAAGAAGAGAUUUAAUGAUAUUUUGUUUUGGUUGAAUAGCAUUUUUUUCUAUUAUGCGAUGUUCUCAGAGCUAAGAUGGAAGAAAAUUACAUUUUUUAUGCUCGUUAGAAAUCAAGGAAGUUUAACACCUUAAAUUGAUUGUUUAACUUCAACUAUUAUCUACUGUGCAAAAAUUAGUCAAUUUUAUCUUGAAUUCAAAGAAGUGAUUCACUCACAACUUCUCAUUAAAAUUGCAGUACAUUUUCUAGCAAAUAUUUUAUGAGAACAGUGAAGCUUGUCAGUCAGAGGAUGUUACGUUGAUUUAAAAUGGAAUUCUCUGGUCUAAUUUACAGGGGAAUGCAUGGCAGUCAAUCGGGAGAAUGGGAGUCAUAGGGUUGAAUAUGUUAUUCCUCUCCAUGGUGUUAGAAAUUUGCCUAAACAACUGUCAUUCUCAAAAGCCCCAAACUAAAUUUCUAGAUAAUUUUUAUUUCUGCAAAUUGAUAUAUUCAAAUAAUUAGUUAUGGUUGUAAAUUCUACUAAAUGCAAUUUACCUCAAGAGAAAAAAAAAGGAAAGGAAAAAAGAGUGUUGUAGUUGGAAAGUGAACCAUGCAUAGAGGAUCUGUUUUUACCGUAACAAAUUCAUUAUGUAACAAUAUUGUUCCAUUUUCUACUUUUCAUAAAUCUUUGGAUUAUUUGCCAAUAGGAGUAAAUAUUGAUAAAUUGUUAUGAAUAUGUUUGAAUUUAUAUUAGAAAAUAUUUGGUUUCAAUAAUCUUUUUUUGAUUGGGACUUAAAUUGCAUGUUUGCAUAGACUGUGUUCUACAUGCAUGUUAAAGAAUUGUAAAAUGUGCAGGUAGUUUGUCUAGAUUGACAAUUACUUUCUCAGCUGCCCCUAAAUGUUGAAGAGUAUUUUUCAAUAUUUUCUUGAUAUCAAGGGAGUAUCUGUUGAUAAUAUUUUCUAAUUGACAAAGCAUGACUUUGUACUAUUGCGAAGUUUUCUUUUGACCAUUUUAUACUAAGAAAAUUGCAUCAUUAUAAUGCUAUUUUUGUGAUUACUCCCAGAAAAGAAACUCAAAUAUUAUUUUUACAAUUAUAGAAUUAUUUUAAGAAUAUCCUAAGUUACAGCUAAUACAUAAAGAUCAUUGAUUUGUUGAUGUUUACUGUUUGGUGUAAAGUUGACAUGGGUAUAGAGAUUUGAAAGUUAAUAUUGAAACAUUAUUGUUGGAUUUAGUUACG